UUACUAAGCUUAGCCCUGACACUCGGGCCAAUCGCCUUAUCUUUCACCUUGGUUUGGAACCUGAGUCGGAUUCGCCCCAAAAUGAUGUUGCCGUUGCAGAACUAACAAAAGUUUAUCUUCCUCUCACAGAAGAGGAGCAGCGUGGUUCUUGUCCUUUUCAGCAGACCUACUGGCAUCCUCAACCUGAACAUGUCAACCCUCCGGUUGUGAUUUUCCUGGAGUAAAGUGGAGAUCUGCAUGCUUGCUCUUUGCACAUUAAGCGACACUUCUGCCAGCUGUGUUUGCUGCGGUGAUUGGCAAGCUUGAUCCUGUCGAAGCCACGGUCGGUCCUGUCUACAUCCUACACGUUUUUCUUUAUCCGUAAAUCAUUUCGACAGUACGUGUUGUAAAUGUUCAGCAUUUUGCUGGUUUACUGCUUCUUUCUGGGAACAAUUCCAGCGCUUGCCGGAACCGGCGGAGAGCGGCAACUGAGCCCUGAGAAGAGCGAAAUAUGGGGACCCGGGCUAAAAGCAGAUGUCGUUCUUCCCGCCCGCUAUUUCUAUAUUCAGGCAGUGGAUACAUCAGGGAAUAAAUUCACAUCUUCUCCAGGCGAAAAAGUAUUCCAAGUUAAAAUCUCAGCACCAGAUGAGCAAUUCACUAGAGUUGGAGUCCAGGUUUUAGACCGAAAGGAUGGAUCCUUCAUAGUAAGAUACAGAAUGUAUGCAAGCUACAAAAAUCUGAAGGUAGAAGUUAAAUUUCAAGGUCAGCAUGUGGCCAAAUCUCCAUAUAUUUUAAAAGGGCCGGUUUACCAUGAGAACUGUGACUGCCCUUUGGAAGAUAGUGCAGCCUGGCUACAGGAGAUGAACUGCCGAGAAACUAUUACUCAGAUUCAGAAAGAUCUGGCACAUUUUCCUACUGUUGAUCCAGAAAAGAUUGCAACAGAAAUCCCAAAAAGAUUUGGACAAAGACAGAGCUUGUGUCACUAUACUUUGAAAGAUAACAAGGUUUACAUCAAGACUCAUGGUGAACAUGUAGGUUUUCGAAUUUUCAUGGAUGCCAUACUACUUUCUUUGACUAGAAAGGUGAAGAUGCCAGAUGUUGAGUUUUUUGUUAAUUUGGGAGACUGGCCUUUGGAAAAAAAGAAAUCCAAUUCAAACAUCCAUCCUAUCUUUUCCUGGUGUGGCUCCACAGAUUCCAGAGAUAUCGUGAUGCCUACAUAUGACUUGACUGACUCUGUUCUAGAAACCAUGGGCCGAGUAAGUCUGGAUAUGAUGUCUGUGCAAGCUAACACGGGUCCUCCUUGGGAAAGCAAAAAUUCCACAGCUGUCUGGAGAGGGCGAGACAGCCGCAAAGAGAGACUCGAGCUGGUUAAGCUCAGUAGAAAACACCCAGAACUCAUAGACGCUGCUUUCACCAACUUUUUCUUCUUUAAACACGACGAAAGUCUAUAUGGUCCUAUUGUGAAACACAUUUCAUUUUUUGAUUUCUUCAAGCAUAAGUAUCAAAUAAAUAUUGAUGGCACUGUAGCAGCAUAUCGCCUGCCAUAUCUACUGGUCGGUGACAGUGUUGUGCUGAAGCAGGACUCCAUCUACUAUGAACACUUUUACAAUGAGCUGCAGCCCUGGAAACAUUAUAUUCCAGUUAAAAGCAAUCUGAGUGAUCUCCUAGAAAAACUUAAGUGGGCAAAAGAUCAUGAUGAAGAGGCAAAGAAAAUAGCCAAAGCUGGACAAGAAUUUGCAAGAAAUAAUCUCAUGGGUGAUGACAUAUUUUGUUACUAUUUCAAACUUUUCCAGGCAUAUGCCAAUAUACAAGUGAGUGAACCCAAAAUCCGAGAGGGCAUGAAGCAAGUAGAGCCACAGACUGAGGAUGACCUCUUUCCUUGCACUUGUCAUAGAAAAAAGACCAAAGAUGAACUCUAAUAUGGAAAAUACCUUCCAUUCAGACCAUGGUGCUCUGAAGACUCUUCUUAAUUGAAAAGAAGAAGAAUGUUUUUUAAAUAGUAAUUCCACAGACAAUAUAAAAUCUUCUGUGUGUAUUUGGACUUUUAGGAAAUGUAUCUUCUUAUGCAGUAUUCCCAUGACGCUUCUUAAAACACACAUUUAGAAUUUUAUAAUAAAACCACCUUUAUUUUAAAG